GUCCGAGUUGCAAUCCUCGAUUCGGGCAUUAACGAACGGGAAUCGUACAUCAUGCGCUGCCUCAAGCUUCGCGGAGGGGACAGGCGGAUAUUUGAGACGCGCUCUUGGGUCGGGAAGGAAACCGAUUGGCGUGACACCAAUGGCCAUGGCACCCUUGUCGCAAGAUUCUUCCUAGAAGUGGCGCCGAGAGCUCACCUGUACAUCGGCAAGGUCUGCGAGGGGAAGGACAUCCCCAAGGAAGGGUACCACGGCAUCGUGCAAGCAAUCGACCACGCCAUCACGGAAUGGGACGUAGACAUCAUCUCACUCUCCUUUGGCAUAGACACUAGCGCUGGCACUGACACUGGCACCGACGCCGAAACGCCUACCUCAGCGCGCCACCGCCAACCCAACACGCGGGCGAGAAUCGUUUUCGCCGCCGCCUGCAACGGCGGGCCCCUCGAGAGGCGGGCGUUCCCGGCCCGCAUGUCCGGCGUCAUUUGCGUGAACGCCUCUGAUGGGCACGGGCAGAAGGCUAACCUGCUAAGCCCCGAUCCCGUCGCCGGCGAGGACAACUUUAUCACGCUGGGUGCCUAUGUUCGGUACCCACCCUCUGGGGCCACGUCGUCGUCGUUGCAGUACGAGUACAAGUCGGGCACGUCGUUUGCGACGCCCAUCGCCGCGGGACUGGCAGCGGACCUCCUUGAGUUUGCGCGC